AUGGCUGUGAGAAAUGAGCAAGAACGACUUCUUACCGAGGCCUUGAACAACUUGGCGCAAGUUAUGGCCAAUCAGGGAGGCGGUGGAGGAGCAACUAUGUACCAUGGGUUAGAUUGCUUUCAGAGGAACAACCCACCUACUUUCAAAGGGGGUUAUGAUCCUGAGGGUGCUGAGGCUUGGCUGAGGGAGAUUGAGAAGAUCUUCCGGGUGAUGGAGUGUCAGGACCAUCAGAAGGUGUUGUUUGCUACUCACAUGCUAGCAGAUGAGGCAGAGUACUGGUGGGAGAACACUCGCCCACGUUUAGAGGGAGCAGGUGGUGUUGUUGUCCAAUGGGAGACUUUCAGACAAACUUUUCUGGAGAAGUAUUUUCCGGAAGAUGUGAAGAAUAGGAAGGAGAUGGAGUUUCUCGAGCUGAAACAGGAAAGUAUGACGGUGGCAGAGUAUGCGGCGAGGUUUGAGAACCUUGUAAGAAUCUUUGAUGAAGAUCAGCGGGAGAAGACUGCUUUUUACAGGAAUGCCAAUGCUAGUCAUGGGAAAGAUAAGAAGCUUGUGACUCACAAUCGUGCUAAGCCAUAUUCUGCCCCUCCCGGGAAAUAUGGAAACCAUUCUGGAGGACAGAGGACCAGUGGAGGACUUCAACCAGUUGGUGGGAGUUCUCAGCCAAUUAACAGGGUGUCUUAG